AUGUCUAGAAAAAUUUUAUUACUUAAAGAAAAAAACGUCCAAGAGAAAAAAACUAACAAUGAUAACAAUGACAGCAACAACGACCAUAACGAGCUUGAUCCAUACGAAGAAGAAUUUUUAAAAAAAUCCAAUAAUUACGCUUGUUUAUUUCUACCAGUGCUAGCUCAUAUCCAAAGAGCUGUUGAAGGAUUGAAAGUUGCUUGGAAUGAAGUUUUCCUAGAAUCCGAGUCGUCAUCAUCAUCAUUAUCAAAAAUAAGCGAAUCAUGGUUAAAACUUCCAAUUUUCGUUGUAGGAAAAGCAACAGAAAAAUCAAUAAAAAAUUUAGGAUUUAAUAAUGUAUUUGGUGCUAAAGAAUCUGGAUCUUCUGAAUUAUUAGCAAAUUACAUAGAAACUUAUUAUGCUGAACAUAAUGAUCAAACCAUACAAAAAAAAAACAAUAUUUCCGCCUCCACUUCUAUUACCACCACUACUGCUCCACUUUUAUUAUUUCUUGUAGGCAAAAAUAAAUUUCCAAGAACUUUUAAUUUAUGA